AUGGUUACUGAAGAUCGUGUAAACGGAGGCUGGCGCUUGGCUGGACUCCGGGGCUGGGAGGAAUCAUCUGAGUUAAUUGCUGCUGGGAUCCCCAGCCUUUCCAACACCCGUGAAGGGGUUGCCAGUAAAGGGUCAAGUCCGGGAUGGUGGCUGCUGCUGGGGGCUGUGACACUGGGGCUCCUGGCCCAGAGCGUCCUGGCGUGGCAGGGUGCUGCCACCAAAGCCAAGAGUUUAAAACGUAGCCUGCGGCGUCCUCUCCUAAGCUGGGGCAAAACCGUGGCUUCUCGAGGGGAGACUGUCAGUCACGUGGCGCGGGGGGCGCCAGGGUACCGGAGAAUCGUGUUUGCGGCCCUGGGAAGCGGGGGUCCAGGUGGUGUCCUGACGGAGCGGGCCGUGGGCUGUGCGGCCUGGAGUCCCCUGCGGGCCGGGCCUGGCUGUGCAGGCGUGACCAUGCUCGUGGGAGUCCGGCAGGAGCUGAUGCUAUGUCCCGGCCUCUGCACCAGGAAGGUGCUCCACCCUGGCCGGGCCCAAAGAGCCGGGCCGGAGAACCGUGUGCAGGCUCCAAAUUUGAUCCAGAAGGUUCGGACCCGGCAGCCUGACUUUCGCAAGAGGAAGAAAGCCGAGUGUCCGCUGUCCCCUGAAGACAAGCUAAGAAAGCAUCUGGUGCCCCCUACCCGCACCCCAGGCCUGGCCCCACCGGCGAAGGGCUCCAGGCCCCUGUGCUCCGGCUGGGAGGACACGUGCGUUCAGCAGACCGCCGCCCUGGGAGGACCCCCGCCGGUCCUGCGCCAGCACGUGCGCCAGCCAGGCGGUGCCCUGGUCUUCGCCAGCCUGGGUCGGUGGCCAAGGGAAGCCUUCUCGUUCAACACUUGGGAGACCAUUCCGUUUGUAACUCGAGGCCCAGAGGAGCCCCUGCAGGAGGAGUGCCGCCAGCAGCCCGCCCCCGUCCUGCCGGAUUCCUGCCCUGGGGGCCUUCUGGCCAGUCCCGGCUCGACCCGCCAGCCCAGGUGUUGGAGCGAGGCUGCCCUGGGUCACCUUGUCAGCAGCGACCCCAGACCCCAGCUGCGGGACAGGACAGAGAGGGUGGAGGCGUGGCCCGGCGCUGCUCAUCAGGACACACAAGUCCGCAAGGUCACAAGGCUGGAGGCCACUGUGUCAGGGCCCCCCCACCCCCCCGGAGCUCUGCCUGCAGAUGAAGAGCCAGCGGCUGGGGCGGGAGCUGCCCGCGGCAGCGGGACUGUAACCCGGCAACAGUGGCCAGCGCCGGGCUCACGUGCUCUCCGUGUGUUUCUGCAGGGCGUGAAGAAGCUGGACGUGCCCUGUGGCGGCAGAGACUGCAGCGGCGGCUGCCAGUGCUUCCCCGAGAAAGGAGGGCGGGGCCAGCCAGGGCCGGUGGGCCCCCAGGGGUACACCGGGCCCCCGGGCCUCCAGGGCUUCCCGGGACUGCAGGGCCGCAAAGGUGACAAGGGCGAGAGGGGCUCGCCAGGAAUCACGGGACCAAAAGGAGAUGUGGGAGCAAGAGGCGUCUCUGGAUUUCCUGGGGCCGACGGAAUUCCCGGACACCCCGGGCAAGGCGGGCCCCGAGGACCACCCGGACACGACGGCUGCAAUGGGACCAGAGGCGACGUGGGCUGGCAGGGUCCCAUGGGCCCCGAGGGGUUCCUCGGCCCCCCUGGGCCCCAAGGACCCAAGGGGCAGAAAGGCGAGCCAUAUGCGCUAUCCAACGCGGACCGCGACAAAUACAGGGGUGAACCUGGAGAGCCUGGCUUGGUCGGUUUCCAGGGGCCUCCCGGCCGCCACGGUCCCGUGGGACAGAUGGGUCCGGUUGGAGCUCCGGGAAGACCAGGCCCGCCCGGACCCCCUGGACCGAAAGGACAGCAGGGUAACAGAGGACUCGGCUUUUAUGGACAGAAGGGUGAGAAGGGCGACAUGGGACUGCCAGGACCCAAUGGGAUUCCGUCGGACCUCCACGCCAUCAUCGGGCCCAUGAAGGAAAUGUUCCACCCAGAUCAGUAUAAGGUAAAGAGUCUUCAGCAAAGUAGCCGGUGUUCCCGGUUGAACUUAAAAAAGGGAACUUCUUUUGGUCUUUCUAAAACAGUCGCAAAGUGGAGAGUCCUCAGCACCCAGCUGGCUCGUCAUACUGCCCUGGAUCGAUGCUGGUCCAGGACGCCUGUGACCCCAUGUCGUGCUGCACUGGAUGGGGGACCCUGGGAGUCCCAGCAGGCUGGGGCCCCCGAGGGGGGCAUCGCCUUCAAGGGAGAAGAAGGGGUCAUGGGCUUCUCUGGCCCACGGGGUGCUCCUGGCUUCGAUGGCGAAAAAGGCUCACCAGGACAAAAAGGAAGCAAAGGACUGGAUGGUUAUCAAGGCCCUGACGGACCCCCAGGACCCAAGGGAGAAGUGGGAGACCGCGGCCCCCCAGGUGCACCUGCGUACUCGCCUCACCCCUCCGGGGCCAAAGGUGUCAGAGGUGACCCAGGAUUCCCAGGGGCCCACGGAGAGCCAGGAAGCCGGGGUGAACCAGGGGACCCGGGCCCCCCAGGCCUCCCUGGCAUCUCCAUCGGAGACGAAGACGGCAAGAGAGGUUUGCCAGGUGAAAUGGGGCCCAAAGGCUUCUUCGGAGACCCAGGCAUCCCCGCGCUGUACCCCGGCCCUCCAGGAGCUGACGGAAAGCCGGGGCUCCCAGGACCCCCCGGGCCUGCCGGACCCCCCGGACCAGACGGCUUCCUGUUCGGCCUUAAAGGAACAGAAGGGGAGACGGGCUACCCUGGCCCCUCCGGUUUCCCUGGGGCUCGCGGACAGAAAGGCUGGAAAGGUGACACCGGGGACUGUAAAUGUGCCGAAGGCGACCAGUUCGUCCCGGGCCUCCCGGGGCCGCCAGGACCCAAGGGCCUGCCAGGCAUCAACGGGGAGCCGGGGAAGAAAGGGAGCCCGGGGGACCCCGGCCAGCACGGCAUCCCUGGCUUCCCAGGGUUCAAGGGCGCCCCUGGCAACGUCGGACCCCCUGGGCCCAAAGGGGCGAAGGGCGAUUCUCGGGCAAUCACCACCAAAGGUGAGAGGGGACAGCCCGGUGUCCCAGGAAUGCCAGGUCUGAAGGGUGAAGACGGGGUUCCCGGACGCGACGGGCUGGAUGGAUUCCCGGGCCUCCCAGGCCCCCCUGGUGACGGCAUCAAAGGCCCCCCAGGGGACGCAGGGUACCCAGGAGCACCGGGCACCAAGGGCGCUCCGGGAGACAGGGGCCCCCCGGGACUGGGCCUGCCCGGCCCCAAAGGCGAGCGUGGAUUCCCGGGAGAUGCGGGGCAGCCUGGACCUCCAGGCUUUCCCGGGCCUGCCGGCCCCCCGGGGCCCCCCGGACAGACAGACUGUGAGCCAGGUGUGAAAAGACCCAUCGGAGGUGACGGACAGAAGACCGUGCAGCCAGAUUGCGCCCGAGGGCCCCAGGGAUCGCCAGGCUUGCGGGGACCCCCAGGCCCCACAGGUGCCAAGGGCCUGCAGGGGAUACCGGGACCCUCGGGAGCCGACGGAGCACCAGGGCUCAAGGGUCUCCCAGGAGACCCCGGUCGUGAAGGAUUCCCAGGACCCCCAGGUGAGGCCGGGUCUGACCCCCACAUGCACAAGCAGGUGUGCUGCCUGCGUGUCACAGGGCUGGAGGGAGCCUGCGGUGGUGACAAACAGGAGAGCUUUCAUGCCAGCCCCGCGGAGGACCCGCCGGUCGCUUCGCUGCCCCGCUGGGAGCACCCAGGCACUAAGGCGUUAUGGCCUCACAGCGCCUGUCUGGUGUCCACAGGAAGCCAGGGCAUGCCGGGAAUGCCAGGCCUGAAGGGCCAGCCGGGCUUCCCAGGACCCUCGGGCCGGCCAGGCCUGCCCGGGCCACCUGGACAGCACGGCUUCCCAGGAGCUCCUGGCCAGGCGGGGCCCUUGGGGCUGCCGGGCGCCCCAGGCCGCGGAGGUCUGCCUGGGGACAGAGGGGACCCAGGCGACACAGGGUUCCCUGGCCCCGUGGGCAUGAAGGGUCUCUCCGGUGACAGAGGUGACCCUGGCUUGUUGGGUGAGAGAGGUCCCCCAGGAGGUCCCGGAUAUAAAGGAAUGAGCGGAAUCCCAGGGGUCCCCGGCCCCAAAGGCGGCAGAGGCUCACCCGGGAUGGACGGUUUCCAAGGCAUGGUAGGGCUCAAGGGAAGAGCCGGGCUUCCGGGAAACAAAGGAGAGGCUGGAUUUUUUGGAAUUCCGGGACUGAAGGGUCUGGCUGGCGAGCCUGGUGUGAAAGGCAGCCGUGGGGACCCGGGGCCCCCAGGACCGCCCCCCAUCAUCCAGCCCGGAAUGAAAGACAUCAAAGGAGAGAAAGGGGACGAAGGGCCUAUGGGGUUGAAAGGGUACCUGGGCCUAAAAGGUGUGCCCGGAAUGCCGGGGAUCCCCGGGCUCUCCGGAGUGCCUGGCCUGCCAGGGAAGCCAGGCCACAUCAAAGGAGUCAAGGGAGACAUCGGAGUCCCGGGCUUGCCCGGGCUGCCAGGGUUCCCUGGCGUGCCCGGCCCCCCUGGAAUCAUCGGCUUUCCUGGGUUCACGGGAAGUCGGGGCGACAAGGGAGCUCCGGGAAGAGCAGGUCUCUACGGCGAGGUGGGCCCCACGGGUGAUUUCGGUGACAUUGGAGACACCAUAGAUCUGCCGGGAAGCCCAGGCCUGAAGGGGGAGCAGGGCAUCGCCGGAGUGCCAGGUCUGAAGGGAUUCUUCGGGGAGAAAGGAACGGUGGGUGAAGUCGGCUUCCCGGGGAUCACAGGCACGCCAGGCGUCCAAGGCCCCCCUGGACGGAAAGGGCAGGCAGGCUUCCCGGGACUGACGGGGCUCCAGGGGCCGCAGGGAGAGCCCGGGCGGGCAGGAGCGCCCGGUGACAAAGGAGACUACGGCUGGCCGGGGACCCCAGGCUCACCAGGUUUCCCAGGCAUCCGAGGCAUCAGCGGACUACACGGCUUGCCGGGCACCAAAGGCUUAACGGGAUCCCCAGGUGUGGACGCCCGCGGCGACCCCGGCCUCCCCGGUCCUGCCGGGGACAGGGGCGACCCAGGAGAGGCCAACAUCCGCCCAGGCCCUAUCGGAGCCCCAGGACAGAAAGGAGAGCGAGGAGAUCCAGGGGAACGAGGCCCCACCGGGAACCCAGGACUGCAGGGAUUCCCAGGCAUCAGCCCGCCUUCCAACAUCUCCGGGUCACCCGGUGACAGAGGGGCACCAGGCAUAUUCGGCCCAGAAGGUUAUCGAGGGCCCCCAGGACCCCCUGGGCCUGCUGCCAUCCCCGGAAGGAAAGGAGACGAAGGGAACCCAGGAGCCCCAGGAAACCUGGGGACCAAAGGAUGGGGCGGGGACCCCGGGCCCCAGGGCCAGCCUGGCGUGUUCGGGCUCCCGGGAGAAAAAGGACCCAGAGGGGAGCCAGGACUCAUGGGAAACACAGGAGCCCCCGGGAGCAUGGGUGACCCAGGCCCCAAGGGGCCCAAAGGAGACCGAGGACUCCCAGGUGCCCCCGGCUCUGUGGGGUCCCCAGGGAUUGCGGGGAUCCCCCAGAAGGUCACCACCCACCGAGGGCCAGUGGGCCCUUAUGGCAGGAGAGGCCCUCCAGGGGCCCAGGGGGAGAUGGGGCCGCAGGGCCCUCCGGGAGAGCCAGGUUUCCGUGGGACUCCCGGGAAGGCAGGGCCCCAGGGAAGAGGCGGCGUGUCUGCCGUUCCCGGAUUCCGAGGCGACCAGGGGCCCAUGGGACAGCAGGGCCCCAUCGGCCAGGAAGGGGCGCCAGGCCGCCCAGGGAGCCCCGGCCUGCCCGGCAUGCCUGGCCGCAGCGCCAGCAUCGGCUACCUCCUGGUGAAGCACAGCCAGACGGACCAGGAGCCCAUGUGCCCUGUGGGCAUGACCAAGCUGUGGAGCGGGUACAGCCUGCUGUACUUCGAGGGCCAGGAGAAGGCGCACAACCAGGACCUGGGGCUGGCGGGCUCCUGCCUGGCCCGGUUCAGCACCAUGCCCUUCCUGUACUGCAACCCGGGAGACGUGUGCUACUACGCCAGCCGCAACGACAAGUCCUACUGGCUGUCCACCACGGCCCCGCUGCCCAUGAUGCCCGUGGCCGAGGACGAGAUCAAGCCCUACAUCAGCCGCUGCUCCGUGUGCGAGGCCCCCGCCGUGGCCAUCGCGGUCCACAGCCAGGACGUGUCCAUCCCGCACUGCCCCGCCGGGUGGCGGAGCCUGUGGAUUGGAUAUUCCUUCCUCAUGCACACGGCGGCGGGCGACGAGGGCGGCGGCCAGUCGCUGGUGUCGCCGGGCAGCUGCCUGGAGGACUUCCGCGCGACGCCCUUCAUCGAGUGCAACGGGGGCCGCGGCACCUGCCACUACUACGCCAACAAGUACAGCUUCUGGCUCACCACCAUCCCCGAGCGGAGCUUCCAGGGCUCGCCGUCCGCCGACACGCUCAAGGCGGGGCUCAUCCGCACGCACAUCAGCCGCUGCCAGGUGUGCAUGAAGAACCUGUGAGCCCGCACCCCGGGGCCACCUUGGUGCUCGUCUUAACUCCUUACCUCACACGCCGCCCCCAACGCGGGCUCGUGCCUCGCCACCCCAGUGGGAAGGCCCCCACGGAACUGAGCCCCGGCCCGUUGGCCGCAGGUGCCCCCGCCGCAGCGCCCCCUGCAGGCCCCCCGCGGUAGGUGUAGCUCGCCUCCCCUCGCUGCCCGUAUGCGCCUGCAGACCCCCUAACCCACUUCAUGGGGCGGUGUAGACGAGCGAAGCCAUGCACCCAAGGGCCCCUGCGCACACCCGUGUGGUUCCCACCUGCGGGUCGCGGGCCUCGGUGCCGGCAGCUCUGCUUCCUCCCGGAGACCGGGAUGUGCCUCUUAACCCCCUCAGGAAGGCCGUGCCUUUUCGGACCUGGAUGGUCCCACAUUAGCUCUUUUCUGUCCCCCUGCCGCGUCCUCAUGGACCUUCGGGAGACCUCUUGGCCACCUGCUGUCAGCCACGCCACGUGGCCGCACACUGUAGGGUCAGCAGGGAGGCGUGCGCUGCCCCAGGUGGCCCCAGGGACUCACCCUCCGCUCUCGAGGACCCCUACUCCUCUGACUUAUCUCACCCCUGUAACAAACACAAUAAACGUUGGUUUUGAGCUUUUAACGCC